AUGUUUUAACCUAUCUUUGGAACGAUUCUUUAUCUGAAUAGUAUAAUAUAAGUUUUGGGUGUUUCAGAAGUGAUAUCAUCCUCAUUUUAAGGAAAUAGCUUUUCUGAUGCAGACAGUAAUUACGAUAUUCAUUUAAAAAUAGGUUGGGUGGUCAGUGGUGGCUAACCAGUAUUCACAAACUGUAAUGGCAUAAGAUUAUUCGGAGGUUAUUAAGGCUUUGCAAGGCAAAUAAGUGUUACUAAGACUUUUUUACUUCCACCUCAUUUUUAAGUAAAUUUGCAAUUGUAAUAUUGGAAGUAAAUUGAAUAAAUAUUAUAGAAUUGAUUCAUGGGACGCUGAAUAAGCGAAUAUUUUUGUUGAUUAUUAGAUGGCGUGGUAGUCAAAAUUCAAUUACUAUGAUGGAACUUAUAAGUGUGGUGCUGAUUGGUAAGAUUUAUCUGUGAAUUUGAACUUAAAAAUUAAACAUAGUGGUAAUACGGCCGUGAUAGUGUUCACAACAAAUUUAGAUGAAACUCCUGACAACGUAUGGCAUUUAAAUAAAAUAAAAAGGAAUCUUGGGGAUUUAGAGAUUUCAUUUUAUCAGUUGAGAAAUGUCCAGAUGGAUGUUUAGUAUGCUAGUAGACUGACACAUAUUUACAAUGCUCACUCUGGAAGACCCUCAAGACUAGUUGGACAUAAUUGAAUUAAAACCAAAUAUAAUCUGAUGGUUGGACCGUAAUAAAUGGAAUUUCAUAGGCAACAUCAUGCGGAUGUAAAUAUGAAUAAUAUAAAUUAGCUGUCGCCUUGUUUGGUGGCUAUAAUUUGCUUGGAGUUGGCACGGUCAUCAAGAGGACUUUUCUUAAUAUUCCACCCCAUUACAAAUUAAAGAUCUAAUUUUUAUAUACUAAGAUAGACUCCUAUGAUAAUGAAGCAGGUCAGAUGAGAGUAGAUGGUGUUUUAGUUUGGGAAAGACGAUUCUAAUGGUACGAGGGUUACUUUUGGAAGAUUUGUGGAAACUUAAAUGAAUAACAUAGAACUAUAUUUGUUAGAAAUGAGAAUGAUCUAAGUCAUACAAACAGUCAAGUCGAAAUCUAAUUCAGUUCAACAUUAGAUGAACCACCAGAUGGAGAGUCAUUUGGUUUAAGAGACCUUGUUAUUUUUUAUGGAGCCUGCACUAAAAAUUGUGCUAAAUGCACUGGACCUAGCGGAUCUGAUUGUUUAGGUAUAUUUUUUAAACUUAUGACUAGGUUGUGUUAAAGGAAGUUAUAAUACUGGGGUUAUCGAUAGCUUAUGUGAAUGUAAUUACCUGUUUUUUUAAACUAGUAUGCUAUCCAUCAUGUUAUCAAUGCGAUGGUCAAAAUAUAGACGACUGUAUUGAUUGUGGAGACCCAAAUAUAUAUAAUAAAUAGUUAAUAGAUGGACAAUGCAUCUGCAUAAUUAAAACAGUUGAAUAAACUUAGAUUGAUGGGACUACCAUAUGUUUACGUAUAUAGUUUCAAUUACUAAUUCUAGCUUGUCAUCCAAAAUGUGAAAGAUGUUAAAAACCAUUUGAUAAUACAUCUAAUUAAUAUUGCACAAUGUGCAUAGCAGGAUAGAAUAGAAUUGUCUCUGAUCAACUUAAUUGUGUUUGUAAACCAGGUUAUGGGGAGAAUGGCAUAUCUGAAGUUUGUUUUAGUAAUUAUCUUCUCAAUUUUAGAAUGUCAUUACACUUGUGAGAAUUGUAAUGGUCCUUUAGCCACCAAUUGUACAACCUGUUCAUCCUCGUCUAAUCGUCAUCUGACUUCUGAUAAUCAGUGUUUAUGCAACAAAUCAUACAAUGAUACUGGCACUAACGAUAUAAACUGUUUAUGUAAUUAUCUAAUUUCCCUUUUUCUAUAGACAUUUGUCACUAUACCUGCUCUGAUUGUGAUUAGCCUGGAGAAGAUUAAUGCACAAGUUGUCCAACCACUAGACAACCAGAUCGAAUAGGGACCACUUUUAAAUGCUUGUGCAAAGAUUCUCAUUAUUUCAGUGACAGCACUCAAUUAGAAUGUUUGGAGUGUCAUUUCACUUGCAAGACUUGUAAUGGCAGUUAGAAUAAUAAUUGUUUAACAUGCAACACUACUUAUCGUCAAUUAGCAAUGUCUAAAUGCAUUUGUCUUAAUGGAUAUUAUGAUGUUGGUUUAUUACAAUGUUCUCGUAAUUAUAUUUAGUAUUUAAAGCUUGCCAUUACACAUGCAUGACCUGCUUUGGUCCAGCUCUAGAUAAUUGCCUAACAUGUUCCUCUAGUAAUAAUAGAGAAUUUAAGACUAAUAUGUGUUUAUGUCAAGAUACCUUUAUGGAAAAAUAAGUUGGUGACAUAAUUUGUUCUAGUAAAUAAUUAUCCUAAAUAACAGAAUGCUCAUAUCGUUGUGCUAAUUGCAGUGGUACAAUAGAUAAUUGCACAUCUUGUCCACUCUCGUCUUUUAGGGAUCUAGGAACAAACAAAUCUUGUUCUUGUCCAGCAAAAACGUAUGACUAGCCUGGCAAUCCAAUCUGCAUUGGUAUAUAUGUGAUUCCAAUUAGUCUGUCAUAGUACUUGCUUAACAUGUAAUGGAGCUUAAUCAAAUUAGUGCACAUCCUGUUACACUUAAAUUAUGAGAUAAUUGGAUCCUUCAGGAUCCUGUUUAUGCAUGAGUAAAUACUAUGACGCUGGAAAGCCUGAAUGCAUAGGUAUAAAUCAGAAUAACCUUUAGCAUGCAGUGUCUAUUGUUUGAAUUGCGUAACUUCUCCUGAUAAUUGCAUAUCUUGUAAGUCAGAUAGAUACUUAUAAGGAAAUGUUUGUAAUUGCCAGACUAAGUCAACCGGAGCUGCCAUUAGUAGUUAUUAAGUCUAAGGCAAAGUUGACUGUCAAAGUUAUAUCUUAUUAAUUUAACAUAGGUUGUCAUUAUUCUUGCUUAGAAUGCAAUGGAUCUAAAUUUAACCAAUGUACAAAAUGCUUGGCUACUGAAAUGAGAGUGUUAUCAAAUUCUACUUGUCCUUGUUCACCUCAUUAUUUUGAUAUUGGCAAACCAAUCUGUUAAUGUAUGAUUGCAGUUAUAAAUAUUAGAAUGCAAUUAUAGUUGUGAAACUUGCUCAGGAUUUGAUACUACUUGUUUAACUUGUUAUCAAAACUCCUUUAGAACCCUUACCAAUUCGUAAUGCCUAUGUUAAAAAGGAUAUUUUGAUGAUGGAUCUAAUUCUAUAUGCUAAAGUAUUUAGAUUAAUAAAUGUAAUAGAAUGCCACUAUUCUUGUUCUUAAUGCAGCUCUAUUUCUACAAAGUGUGAUACAUGUUCUUUAACAUCCAAUAGAUUAUUUAAUUUAUAGAUGUUCACUUGUAAUUGUUUGGAUUCUUAUUAUGAUUGUGGAGUUGAGACUUGUGCAAAAUGUCAUUAUUCUUGUUUUACUUGUAAUCAAUAUGGAAAUUAAUUUUGCCAAUCUUGCGUAGAUAAGUCAACUUCCUUUAGAGUCUUUAAUUAAGGAGUAUGUCAAUGUUUACCUGGAUAUUAUGAUGAUGGAAUUUCUCCUAAUUGUAAGAUAUGCUUGAGUUCAUGUUUAACUUGUUAAAACACUGCUGAUUAUUGUACAUCCUGCGAAGCUACAAGACAUUUAGAAGGAAAUACUUGUCCAUGUAAUUCAGGUUAUUUUGUAAAUAAUCUGGGUAAAUGUAGUAAAUGUAAUCAAAACUGUGUAAAUUGUACACUCAGUUCUACACAUUGCAUUGAAUGCGAUUUAUCAUUGAUGAGAAUACUAGAUACUACAACUCAAACUUGCAUAUGCAAGCCUGGAACUACAGAAAUUAAUGGCUUGUGCCAAGUUUGCGAUAUUACUUGUUAAACAUGCCAAAAUUCAAUCACUAAUUGCACUUCUUGUAAAGUUUUGAGAUUGUUAUCUAACAAUUAAUGUAAAUGCAUAGACGGUACCUAUGAGAGUGGCAAUGAUAAAUAGUGUUUAUUUUGCGAUCAAACUUGUUUUACAUGUAUAAAUCAAUAGAACUAUUGUACAUCAUGUUCAGCAGAUAAAAAUAGAAUCCUGUAAGCAGGAAACAUUUGCAAAUGCUAAGAUGGAUAUUACGAAGAUUCACUUACUUUAGUUUGUUAACCUUGUGAUAAAUCUUGUUUGACUUGUAAAGUAUCUCCUACUUAUUGUCUCACCUGCGAUGCCUCAUACAAUCUAAGCUUGAAUAGCUAGAAUAGAUGCAUUUGUUCUAGUGGUUACUAUUUUAAUACUACUACUUUAAAAUGUGAAGGUAUAAAAUUAUCCUUAAUUAGCUUGUAAUAUUUCGUGUAUUGAAUGUAAGACGUUAACCCAAUGUUUGGAGUGUGAAAGUUUUACUCGAUAUUUUGAUUCAGAUAACUUGAAGUGCCCAUGCAAAGACGGAUAUUAUGAGGUUAAUUAAAAGAAAUGUUCGUGUAAGAAUUUAUAACAAAAUAAUUAGUAUGCGAUUUGAGUUGUAAGACAUGCAUAAAUUCAGCUACAAAAUGCUUAUCGUGUGAAUCAACCUACUUUAGACUUUUAAAUAACUCUAACUAAUGUAUCUGUUUAGAUGGUUAUUAUGACGUUGGGAUUGAGAUGUGCUAAUUAUGUAGUCCUUAUUGUUAGACUUGCGUGAAGACUUCAACCAAAUGUACUUCAUGUAAUUAACAACAACAAUUCAGAUUAUUGAAUGUAAAUUAAUGUAUUUGCUAAAAUGGAUAUUAUGAUAAUGGCUAAUUUAUUUGCCAAAGUACAAUUUGCUAUUAUUUUAUAGAGUGCUCCAAUUAAUGUCUGACUUGUUAAGGUAGAAGAGAUGUUUGCACAAGUUGUGACACUAAUUAAAAUAGAAUUGAUCAAUCUGUUAUUAAUAAAUGUCCUUGUUCAUCCGGUUUCUAUUCAGAUGAAAAUGAAGUUUGCUAAAGUAUUAAUAGUUUCAUUAUAAGAAUGCCAUCCAAAAUGUUAAACAUGCAGUUAAUCUAGAGAGAGUUGUAUAAGUUGUUCCAUUUCAAAUACUUCCAAUAGACAAAGCAACUCUUAAAACUGUGCUUGUAAAGAUGGGUACUAUGAUGAUGGCACUUAAGUCGAUUGCUAAAAAUGUAGCAUACGUUGCAAAUUAUGUUUAAAUUCUACUUCGAAUUGUUUAACUUGUUUUAGCAAUCUUAGAGAAGGAGCUCCACUUUGUAAUUGCAAAUCUGGUUAUUUUGAGAAUUCUACUUUUAGUUGUGAACGUAUUCAAUUAUUAUUAAUGUAGCAUGUGAUAAUCAAUGUUUGACUUGUGAAAAGAGUUCUGCUAAUUGUUUAACAUGUAAAGAAGGGAGAUCCACUAAACAAUGUGUAUGUUAAGAUGGAUAUUACGAGGGUGGAUAGCCUCUUUGCCUUUGUAUUUUAAUCAUUAAUAAUUAAAGAAUGCUCGUUUUCAUGUAAAACAUGCAAGGAUUCCCAAAUAAAUUGUUUAAGUUGCAAAGGAGAUCGGAUUAACAUUCCUGCAUGUUCAUGUCCUGAUGGAUUUUACGAUGAUUAUGUGAGUGAAUCUUGUUAAGUUUGCGAUGAGUUAUGCAAAACUUGCAACAUAGAUGGUUGUCUAACUUGCAAUGGUAAUAGGGUCUUAACUUCAGAAAUGACUUGUGAUUAACCACCUAAUUCUGUGAGUCAUCCUGAUACCCCAUGGUGUUCAAGUAAUAAAUUGUUUAUAAUAUUAAAGCUUGUUAAGUUGCAGUAAUUGACAUUAUAUUUUCUGAUGACUUGCUGUCGAUAUAAGUGAAGUUCGACUUUACUUUGAAUCCAUAAUUUUUUACAACUCAAUUUUCAGAUAAUGUCUGCUUAUUAAUAUUAGAAAAUAAAACUUAUUAAUCACUUGGCAAGAAUCCUAGUUGUUAUAUUGAUCCUGCUGAUGAUACUAAGUUAAUAUUGAGAGUAGGAAAUUAACCCAAGAUACUUCCAGGGGAUAAGAUUCUAUUUUAUGAUAGCUAUUUCGGUCAUCAAGAAUGCGAUAAAAAGUUAAGUGUGUUUAUCUUCAAUUAUGUUAAACAUCCAAUAAACCCUGUCUUUCCAAUUAUAAUAUAUGAUUUACCCACUUAUCUUAUAAAUCCUUGCGAUGACAAUACAAUAUCCUUGAAAUCGAAAUUGAAUGAUGGACUUAGAGGUUUUAUUGAAAUAAAAUGGACCUAUACUGUAGAUGGAUCCAAUGGCAAUGGUGAUCUUGAUAACUUUGUUGCUUUAUUAACUAAAUUAUAGAUGUUAGAAUUAGUAAUCCCGUUGCAAACUCUACCAAAACAGUCCAAAAUUACUUUCUAUUUAGACUUUCAAAAUUUUGUUGGCUAAAAAAGUAUACAAAAAAUUAAAUUGGAAACCCAUUCUGGUCAAUUUCCCACUAUUCUUUGGAUUUAAAAGCCUCUUUAUUUUAAUUUUGAAACUAUUGUUUUGGAAUUUUUAAUUAAAAAGAAGGACUGUUCUGAAACUGUAGCUACAACAUAAGUUGAUAAUUCUGAAUAUUCUGUGUCCUUAGUUGAAGUCUAUCGAAACGAGUCCAAUUCAAGACCAUCAAGAGUAAACCAUUCAGAAAUCACACGUCAAAGUAGUUUUAAUGUGACUAUUUAAAAAUAUACCUUGACUUCAAGAAUUUCAUAUACUUUCGAAUAAACAACCCUCGAUGCUUUAAUGAACUUUUCAAUUAAAAGAAACGUAACAAUUGACAUUAGCUCAGGAGGUAUACUUUGUUAAUUCAAUGGCACUAAAAAGAUUCAGAAUUACAGAAAAGAAACUUAUAUAUUCAUAUCAUGUAAAGAUUUAGAUACUUAAUAUGAAUGGAAUGAGGAUACUGGUAUUUCAUUAAAUGUAGAGUGCGCUGACUUGACUAUGAAUUCCAUUUGCUUAGAUUUAAAUAAGAAAAUAAUCUAAAUCAAUAAAACUGAUAGCGUCCAAGUCAUUCCCAAAUAAACUAUCUAACCUUACACGAUUUAAAGUUGGUCUGUAGUGGCUACCAAAAAAUAACACUCAUAUAAAUUUAGAUAAAAUAUUGUCUAUUUAGAUAAUGAUUUUAAAUUAUUAAAUGUUACUUAUAGUAAAGGAUAUUUAAUGAGGUCAAUCAAUAACUAUGAAAAUAUGGAGUUCACCAUUAAUAUACCCUUUGAAGAUAGGUAGUACCUUCUAGAGUAUCAGGUAGCUAUUAUUUAUAACUUCUAACUUAUCAAGAUACUAUAAUCGGAAUACUUUUAAUAAUAAAUUCGGAUUUUUGAUUACUUUUAGGAAUUUACAAAAGGAGAUAAAAUCAAUCUAAAAUUUUUGGCUUAGUUUACAAAUGAAAUCAUACCUAGUCAAGAAGAUUUAUAAAUAAAUGUUAAUCAGCCUCCUACAUGUUUAGUGAGCUUAAGUGAAUAGACUGUUGAAGCCUUGAAACCUUAAAAGGUAAUUACAAUUUGUGAUUUUUCUGAAUCAGCUCCAUUUUCAUACUAAUUGAGAUAUUUCCUUCAAAAAUAGGAUGUAAUUGAUUUUUUGAAUAGAACUAAUGAUUAUUCAUUAAUCUUGAGCAGCUAUUCAAGUUCAUAUAGUAUUGAAGCCACCUUUCCGUUUAUUGAUGGCAUUCUUCUAAUAUAAGCAAUGGAUUCAAAGGGAUCUUACUUAAAUAUUGAGAAAUAGUUAAAUGUAACAAAGACUGUGCUCAAUUGUACCCAGAACAAUAUUAAGUAAUAUAAUUUAAAAUACCAAAUCUCAUUAUUAUUAGAAAUUCUACUGAACCAUUAUGACUAAUAAAAUUGUAUUACUUUAUCUAAUUAGCUAUAUUCCAAUAUAUAAACCUAUUUGGGAGCUGAUAAUAUUGAUGAUCAAUUGUUAGUGUAUCAAACUACUAAAUUGUAUAAAAGAAUAAUUCAAGAUCAUAAAGAUUCAAAUACUUCAACGAGAUUAUUGAAUGAAAAUUCAGAGAGUUGUUUUGAAAAUACCACAAAAUCCUUUUAUAUCAAAAUUGCAAAUGUUAAUACUUCAUCCACUGUUACUCCGUCUAGUUUACAAGCAGAACUAAAAUAAAUUAUGACCAUUGCCCAAAAAAUGAUAAAAAAAUCAUCUGAUUAUAAUGAUUAAAUUCUCUAAAAUGAUGUGUUCUUGGAUGAAAAAACCUAUUAAAAAAAAGUAGCCAUUAUAGACUCUUUAUCAGUUAUAUAACUUUUAAUUGAUGAUAUAUUCCUUAAGAUUCCAACAGCCACUAUUAAUUCUAAUUAAGAUAAAGAAUAGAUUAUUAAUGUUGCAGAGGGUUUAAUAAGCCUUAUUGAAAAGAUUGCAAAUUACGUUAAUGUUCAAGUAAAGGUAAAUGGACCUCAAUUAAUUAACAAAGGACAAAUCCUAAAAUGGUAAUUAUCCAAAAUUACUAAAGAAAUGUUAAAUAAACAAUUUAAUAUUGAAAGAGAUUUGUUAGAUGGGUUGAUUGAUUUUGUUCAAAAGGAACAAAUAGAAUUAAAUUACAACUAUCUAAAUCUAUCCCAAAAAUUAUAAACCCAAUUGCAAACAUUCUUUAAUUUAACCAAUCUCGAAAUAAAUGAUAAAGCAUUGAAGAAGACUAAUUUAUAGAAUCAUCUUUAUAAUGGCCGUUAUAUUGAUUAUCAAUCUACACUUAGAUAAUACAUAUUAGAUAUGUUUUAAACUCCAUAUUGCUAAGAACUGGUUCCUUAAGAAAAACUCUAUUCCUAUGAUUGCGUUAAUAUCGAUAAAGAUGGAAAAUUCUAUAAAUGUGAAUUAUAAAAUGAUGAAAUUGAUAAUAAAACCGUAUAAAUAUCUUGCAAAUGCGAACAAUUAGGAAGUAUAAUUUUAAUUUAAUAUCCCAACAAUUCCAUUAAAUAAUAAAAUAUCUCCAUUUAUACACAAAAUGAAAAUAUAAUUAAUGAUAACAAUCUUAUAUUAAACGAAUAACCAAUUUUACUAUUUCAUGGAAUUUUUAUUGCUUUUUCUUACUUCGUAUAUUUUGAAUUAGUCUCAAUUGAGAUUAAGUAAAAAAAUAGUCCAAUACAUUCUAGAAUUGAUUCAGAUUAUAGUAUAGAAGAGACGUAUAAACAAGGAAAGCCUAAGAUAUUCCACUUUUAUCCAGGAACUGUAGCAGUAUUCAAAUUAUCCUUCAAAGUAAGUACUAUUAUUAAUAUCUAGUUUAUUCAUGAAGUCUUCUCCUGCUUUUAUACUGAAAAUUCAAUUCUUUCAAAAAGUUAUCAUUUUUUAUAAUUAACAAUCAAAAUCAGCAUGUUAAUCCCAAUUUCAUUUUUGGAAAUAACUUUGUUAGAAGAAGCUACAUUAUAUGCAGUUAUAAUCAUAAAUUGCGGAACUUUCUUAAUUUUUAGAAUGAUUCUAAAGAUAUUUUAGUCGAUUUACAGAUUUGGGGGAAAAUGGAGUAUUUUGAUUAUUACCAUAUUUCUCCUUAUACAUUUCUUAUGCUAUCUAGAGUUUAUUCUAUAAUUGAAGCGCUGGUAAGAAUCAAUAAAUAUUUUUAGUUAACAAGACCUUAAAAUAAUCAAUUUCGAAAUAUCUCUCUUUUUAAUAGGCUCACUCUUUUAAUUUUAUGUCAUUUUGGAUCCAAUUAUGCUAUUUUUGAGAAUCAUUAUUUUCAAACAUAUCACCUUUUAAAUUAGAAAUUAAAUAAUUAAUCCUUUGAAUUAACUUAUCUACUUUUUUGUUUAACAUUAAAAACUAGACGAACUCUUUCACUUUUACGCAAUAAUGUGA